GGCCGUGACUGUCCUGGUGCUCAGCCUGCCUCUCCCCUACCCCCAGGUGGCGAUGGUGGAGGUGCAGCUGGAUGCUGACCAUGACUACCCACCGGGACUGCUCAUCGCCUUCAGUGCCUGCACGACGGUGCUAGUGGCCGUGCACCUGUUUGCAUUAAUGAUCAGCACCUGCAUCCUGCCCAACAUCGAAGCAGUGAGCAAUGUGCACAACCUCAACUCGGUCAAGGAGUCACCCCACGAGCGCAUGCAUCGCCAUAUCGAGCUGGCCUGGGCCUUCUCCACUGUCAUCGGCACGCUGCUCUUCCUGGCUGAGGUUGUGCUGCUCUGCUGGGUCAAGUUCUUGCCCCUCAAGAGGCAGCCAGGCCAGCCGCGGCCCACUAGUAAGCCCCCAGCCGCCGGCUCGGUCUCCAAUGACAGCAGUGGUGGCACUGGUGGCAUCACCCCAGGCCAGGCCGCCGCCAUCGCCUCAACCACCAUCAUGGUCCCCUUUGGCCUGGUCUUCAUUGUUUUUGCUGUCCACUUCUACCGCUCACUGGUCAGCCAUAAGACGGACCGACAGUUCCAGGAGCUCAACGAGCUGGCUGAGUUCGCCCGCUUGCAGGACCAGCUGGACCACAGAGGAGACCACCCCCUGACACCAGGCAGCCACUAUGCCUAAGCCCUCCCAGGCCUGGGCACUUCCUAGCUUUGGCCUUAUGCCCUUCCCCAUGACCUUGUCCUGCCCCAGCCUCAAGGACAGCCUGCAUAGGGUGCGGGCUUUCGUCAGGGGACAGAAAUGGAGGGAAGAAGCUCUUUUCAAAGAGAAAUUACUGCACUUUGAAACUUUCCUCUAGGAGAAUAAGCACUUCCUGUUCUUCCAGCUCCAGGAUUCGCCUCCUGCUAGGUGGCCACCAAUGGGAGCCAGAGCCAGGACAAAUGCUCCCUUUGUCCCUCCUCCCCGCCCAUGCCAGUGCCAUCUGGAUGCUUCCUGUCCUUUCUGUCUUGACCUCCUUCUCCCUGUUCAGCGUCGAGUGUGUGCGCGUGUGUGUGAACACAUAAAUAUACUCAUAAGGGAU